CGCAUACCGAAAAAGACUCGCUCAUUAGACUAUAGAAUCCCCCACAAUACCAUUGUCUACCUCGCUCCCCUUUAUCCGUUCCAGAUACCCAUGAAUACCAGAACACUAGCUGAGGGCCAAGCGACGCACAAAACGCAUUACCAAAUUACCGAUACCAGAUGCACUAUUCCCAUUUCCUGACCCAGUCCCGGUCCGGUCUAUCCCAGCGAAAAAGAAGUAAAAAGAACAAAAACUCCAUCGCUCUAUGUUCACCGAGCCCGCACGCACAUCAAACGAAAGCGAAGAGACAAGACAUGAGCAGGAAAAAAAAAGGCAAGCAAAAACAAAAAGGAAAGUCGUUAACGAUUCGUUCAUUACGCGAAAAAAAAGCGGAGCGAGCCGACCGACCGAGUGGCGCAAAACGCAUUCAUCACGUAAGUUGUGUGUGAUCUAUCCCAGAUCCCAAAAGCCCUAGAGACUAAG